CUUGUUCUAGAUACCCUUCACUUGACUGGGCUAUCUCUAUAGGCUAUCUCUAGAGAAGAGCGCAGGAAGUGAAGGAGGAUGCCUGCGUCUGCUGUUCACAGUGUUCAGUGUCCUGCGUGUGGCACAAAGCAGGACAAAGCUCCAGGACUUUCAUGUCAGGAGGACUACACGGGGACCUGCAUCAGCUGCGGCUUCUACAUGAAACUUCGACUACAACAGGGAGCUAGCGACGGCGUCACCUUCACCGUCAACGGCACUCAGUGCACAGUAAGAGAUGAGUUUAACCCCGCCACAUCCCUCAACGAGUACCUGAGGAGGACAGGUGUGUCCCGGGGUACGAAGCAGCUGUGUAUUGAAGGAGGGUGUGGGGUGUGUCUGGUGGCCGUGAAACUGUACGAGCCGGUCAGCGCCACGUCACAGGUGUACGCCGUCAACUCGUGUUUAGUCCAACUGUACAUGUGUGACGGGUGGGAGAUAACGACCAUCGAAGGACUGGGCAAUGUCCGAACUGGCCUCCAUGCGAUACAAAAGCGUCUGACUAAGUACAAUGGAGCUCAGUGUGGCUUCUGUAGCCCCGCCCUCAUGAAUAUGUAUGGUUUGCUUCAGAGAAACCCCACACCCACCAUGCAGCAGGUCGAGGACGCCUAUGAUGUCUCUAUUUGCCGCUGCACAGGGUACAGACCAAUCCUGGACGCCAUGAAGUCAUUCGCUUCAGACGCCCCACCCAACCUCAAAGGCGGCAUGAUUGAUAUUGAGGAUUUGAACCCCAAGAUGUGCAAAAAGACCGGUACGAAAUGCGAGGGCAAGUGUGACAACAAGAGAGACAAGAAAGCGCUGUUCCAGUGAUCGACAAGAAGACAGUGGUUCAAUCCUAACGUGGGCGCCAGGGCUGUGUGGUUCAAACCCACCACACUGCAAGAGCUGUACACCCUGCUCCAUCAGCACCGCGCGGACAACUACCGCCUGGUCUUCGGCAACUCUGGCUUUGGUGUGUACAAAGAGAUUGGACCUUGGAUGUACGACAUUUUAAUUGACAUCAGAGGAAUACAGGAGUUAUACAGGAUAGAGUUCACUCCCUCGCUGGUGUGGGGCGCUAACCUGACGCUGACCAACAUCCACGACCUGUGCGACAAGGCGCGCAGCAACGCAUCACUGCCGUACGCCGCCGUCUUCGCGGAGCACAUCAAGAAAGUGGCCAACAAUGGCGUCAGGAACUUAGCAUCAUGGGCAGGCAACCUCAUGCUCAAACACAGACACCCAGAGUUCCUUUCCGACAUCUUCACCAUGCUGGAGGUCGUUGGAACCAGACUUCUGAUUGGCGAUGAAACCGGAAACAGAAGCCAGUGCACCUUGAAAGAGUUUCUCAGCCUGGACAUGCAGGGCAAAGUCAUCGAGGCAGCCUUACUCCCAACCUACACCGACACCAACUACUACAUCCGACUUUACCGUGUUUCACAGAGACUACAGGCUGACCAUGGUCACGUGAUAGCAGGGUUCAACAUGAAGAUAGACAAGACCAACAACUGCACGGUGCUACAACGCCCAACUAUAGUGUUCCAGGGCAUCAGUGGCACGCUGAACCGAGCUGAAAAUACUGAGGCCUUUCUGGAAGGAAAGCAGCUGGGCGAUCCUCAAGUUCUCAGAGACUCCUUUUCCAUGCUGAACAUUGAGCUGACCCCUGCCAGUGACCCUCUAGCGGCCAGUCCUGAGUAUCGCCGAAGUGUUGCAACCUCUUUCUUUUACAAGUACGUGCUGGAAGUGUGUGGAGACAAGGUGGCUCAGAGGUACCGCAGUGGCGGCGCCAGUCUGGUGCGCCCAGUGUCGUCAGCAAAUCACUCGUACGACACUCGCAGGGAGGAGUGGCCCCUCAACGAGCCCAUGACAUCCAUCGACGCAGAUUAUCUGGUUUCUGGGACGGUUCGAUACCUUGAUGACAUCCCUCUGGAACCGAACGAGCUGCACGCUGCCUUAGUUAUCAGCAAAGAGGGAAACGCUGAGAUCGCAUCCAUCGACUCCCAGGUGGCGCUGUCUUUACCAGGGGUGUACAGGUUUAUCCAAGCGUCCGACUUUCCAACAGGCGGAAAAAAUGAUUUAAAUCUUCUUGGUCAAACCCCAGAAGAGAUUCUCUCCAGCGGUCGAGUGGAGUAUGCUGGUCAGCCCAUUGGCAUCAUCGUUGCAGACGACCCUCAAAUGGCAAGUACAGCUGCCUCCAUGGUCAAUGUGACAUACAAGAAUGUCCAACCCCCGUUGGUGGACAUCAGGACGGCCAUCAGCCAGAAAUCGUUCUUCCCUGAUCAGAAUGAUCCUGUCAUUAGAGGUGACCCAGACUCGGCCAUAGCCCAGUCCCCUCGCCGCCUGACUGGGUCUGUAGAAGUAGGAGACCAGUACCACUUCUACCUGGAGUCACAGAGCAGCAGGUGUGCCCCCAACGACACGGGGGGCCUGGACGUGCGGGCGACAACCCAGUGGGUGGACGGGACAGCAAAGUUGUGGCGGAGGCCCUCAACAUCCCAGUGCGUGAACCUGGAGGUCGAACGCCUAGGUGGCGCUUUUGGAAAAAUUACUCGCAAUGGAAUGGUCUCUGGAGCAUGCGCCUUGGCUGCUUAUUUAAUGCAAAGACCUGUGCGCUUGGUGAUGGACCUGCACACAAACAUGAAGUCGUUGGGAAAACGUCUUCCGUGUGUUGGCGAGUACGAGGUGGGGUUCACCGAGGAAGGGAAGCUCAAUGGAAUCAAACUCACUUACUAUUCUGACUGCGGUUGCAAUGAUUCUGAAUCAGGAUCAUUUUACGCUCCUUUCUACAUCGACAAUGUGUACUUUUGUCCAAACUGGAAUCUUACAACAGUCUCCGUAAAAACAAACAAACCAACCAACACUGCCUGUCGUGCGCCAGAUGCCCUGUCAUCUGAAUUCAUGAUCGAGGCUGUGAUGGAGCAUAUUGCGAAAGCCCUCAACAAAGACCCCACGGAAAUCCGAAAAAUUAAUUUCUACCAGAAAGGACAGUUUUCUCUAAAAGGCACAAGACUGGACUACUGCAACAUCGGGGAGAUUGUUUCGCAGUUAGAAACAUCUUCUGACUAUGAAACCCGGAAACGUCAAGUGGCAGAGUUCAAUCAGGCAAAUCGCUGGAAAAAACGUGGAAUUUCUCUGGUUCCUGCAAGAUACGGGAUGGGCUGGUCGGGUGGCCAUUACAGUGUGUUUGUGGCCAUCUACAACUCUGAUGGCUCUAUCGCAAUCGAACAUGGUGGCAUCGACAUGGGACAGGGAAUCAACACAAAGGUGGCGCAGGUGUGCGCCUAUGAGCUGGGUGUACCAAUGUCGCUGAUUCGAGUCAAAAAGAACUCUUCGACUGUCAACGCCAACUCACUGGUGACUGGAGGAUCCAUAGGAAGCGAACUGUGUUGCAUGGGAGUCAUCCAGUGUUGUCAGCGACUCAAGGCGAACAUGGCGCCAGUUCGGAUGAGGAUGCCGAACAGCGCCUGGAAGGACAUUGUUAGCGAGUGUUACCGCAGUGGAAUCGACCUUUCAGCCCACGCCUACACGAACCCGUACAGCCAGUUCCCCGACCGUUACAACGUGUACGCAGCUGCCGUGGCGGAGGCUGAGGUGGACAUCCUCACCGGCCAGUCACAGCUCAACCGCGUGGACAUCUUGUACGACUGCGGGGAAAGUUUGAGUCCAGAAUUAGACAUUGGUCAGGUGGAGGGCGGAUUCAUGAUGGGUCUGGGAUGUCAUCUGCUGGAGGACAGCAAGUUCGACCCCAGAACUGGAGUCCUUCUCACGGACGGAACUUGGGAGUACAAGCCACCCUUACCUAAAGACCUGCCCAUAGAUUUCCGGGUGAACUUGUUGAGAAACGCACCCAAUCCUUUAGGGGUACUUCGAUCCAAAGCCACCGGUGAGCCUCCAGUGGUACUGAGCAGCUCCGCCCUCUUCGCCAUCAAGCGCUGUGUGGAGGCUGCACGUGCCGAGAUGGGUCACGACACGUACUUCCCACUGAAUUCGCCAGCGUUGGUGCAGCAUGUCCAGACAGCCUGCCAGGUGGACACUGCUCAGUUCACCUUUGGAAACUGAUUAUCUGUCCGUGAACUGUUACAUCAAAGUAACGUAUUAAGAGAGGAAUCAGCUGCCAAUUAGACAAGAUUAGAUUGUGAAAAGACUGAUGCCAAAGUGGUUCAUAAAAUUUGCCAAAAUUUGAUUCCGAGAUGUAGAAAAAAAUUGCUUCUACGAUUUUAUCAAUAUUUUUCUACAAGGUGUAUGGUGUACCUUUUCCACAUCAUUCCAUAAAACAUUUCAUGGCAAUGUCA